AAAAACAGUUGUGGUGGUGGCGGCUGUGCGGCGGCAUUUUUAGCCUCAUCGUCGACGAUGGGAAACACUGUGUUAGUCCUGCUGUGCCUUGCCUGCUGUUCCCUGACCUGGGCCCAGCAGCAGCGACAGAAACAGGAGGAUCGGCACGGAAAUGAAAGUACUGCACUGGGUUACGCAGAGAGGAAAGGCACCAUGAAGUUCUUAGCCAGGCACACAACCACCACACUGUUGUCAGUCAGUGUCUUCAGCACCAUCGUACCGUAUCAGUGUUUCCUAACUGCCGCUUCUCCAACGCUUUGCAGACGAAGGAAAAAACGCCGUGAUCUGCUGCCCGUUGUAAGUCUGAGCUCCAUCGGUCUCACUGAUGCUCUCGGUUCUUCACUUGACGAAGAAUCUGUUGACGCGGUGGAGGAGGAAGUGAGUCCAAAACCCAAAUUUUUCUUCACGGUGGUUCGAACGUCGCAGUCUGUUGUCACUAUCACUUCCACCUCCACCAAUAUCUCCAUCACCGUAUCUGCCUCAGCCUACUGCACCUACCCCGGAUUCACUGGGCCUAUCUGUUAGCCGGUCCUGAACACUCCUGACUCCUGAAACGCAAACCUAGAUAAGAAUGAUGCAAAUGGUCUUUAAAGUUUUUAUUUCACUGUAAAUAAUAAUUUGUAUUUUUAUAUAUGUGCCCCUCACAUAGCAUAAGGAAAACAGGUUGAAGCAAUAUUGCGUGUUUCCCUCUCCAACAACUGAUGCCAUGAGGGUAAAAAAAAAAAAUGAAUACUUACCUUGCUUGUCUUCUCUUUAAUAUUCUCUCUCUCUCUCUCUCUCUCUCUCUCUCUCUCUCUCUCUCUCUCUCUCUCUGACUCAACGGAGAUCACAAGCUGAUAAAGGCAUGUGUAAGCAGGGGACACUCGCGUUCUCCCCCUUGGCAAUCCUGCAACAGGGACGACGGUGGCGUACCAGGCGGCGUUCAUCUAACUUGUGAGGGCAACUGUGUGAGCUGGCACCCGCCCGAGACACAUCGAUGUUUGGGAAAAUGUUAGCAUUUUGUGGUUUGUUGCAAUGUGUAUUGCUUCUUUACUGUCAUUUAUAUAACGAUCGAUUUAUUGAUUUGGAAUGCUUACUAAAAUUCUAAAGGGAAUAAAUGAGUAAAUAAUAUACACGAGUGUCGCUCGUCAUUGACAGCUGCACAUAAGUGUCGCUGGUCACCGACAGCUCAUACCUACCUCUUCACUUGAAACACGGCCUCUGACUGUGGUUUGGAUCUUUAUCUAAAACUACAAACACCAUAUGUUCAUUUCUUAACCACUUGUAGGCUGUAACACAAAUGCAGCCUCAUCCAGCAAAUCGGAGAGUAUACACCUGUGUCGAUUUUUUGACAGCAAGAGA